AUGGCAAACGAUUGCGAAGUUAAGUCGAUUAUGUCCAUAUCAUCUAAAUCGGAAGGAAGCACGGCUCCGCUAUCUCGCAUACGGUGGCGAAAUGCUCCCCUCCACGAGAGAUGCAGCAUGGCUGACAUGGUCAAGAUUAAAGAAGCGUUCCAGGCAGCUUAUAGAAAUAAAAUGCUACCAUCAGAAUUUAGAAAUCUCUUGAGGACAUUGUUGAAUGUUGAAUAUGAUGAUGAUGAAUUCAAUAUACUUUUUAUGAAGAUAAAUACGGCGCGCAACGGAGAAAUCGAUUGGGACGAGCUCGUGUCGCAUCUCCUUCUGGGUUAUUUCGGUAACGACCCUGAGAACCAGAGAGCGUCCCUCCAGCUGCCGAUUAUGGGACUGCCGACUGUCAUGAGGUCGCAGCAUCGGCACCCAAUAUCCAGAAUAUGUUUCUGUCCUGACGACCGUAGCACGGACCCCAUGCAGGGCAACUACAUAACGGCGAGCCGUGACGGAAUGAUCAACUGGUGGUCCCUGGACAUGUCGCUGUUAAGGACUGCCUACUCUUCCAGUCCUUACCUGAAAGUACGCACGACCUGGGUGACGGACAUGGUCUGUAUGCCGGACGUCAACAUUAUCGUGACCAGUUCCACCGAGCGGGACCUGCGCUUCUACGACUGUACGGCGAAGACUUUCACCCUUAAGAUCGUCAUCACGAGCUGGGAGUACAUGAUCUGCUCCAUGUACUACCACUUCUACAAGGACCCGAACGAGAAAUGUAUCCUUAUCUUGGGCGACGUGGGCGGUCACGUGCGCGUGCUCUCCUUCUCUCCUAUAAAGCGCGGUCCGUUCCGUAACCAGCCCGGCCGGGCGCUGCAGCAGCUGCGGCACGUGGACCUCCAGCGACGGCCCCACCUGUUGCCGGAGCUGAGGUUGACGGAGAAGGGUCGUGUACACGGCGAGUGGGUCCGCCAGGUCUCGUUCUAUUCGUCCCUGCACUGCAUCGUCUCGUGUGCAACUUGUCCUGACUCACUCCUCAUGUGUGAUCUCGCGGGCUCCAAGACAUAUAACAUGUUCCACGUCGAGAAGGGCAUUCAGUGUUUCACAUUCGACGAGGAGGCCCACAUCCUGGCGACGGGAGGCCCGGACUGCACGGUCCGCGUGUGGAGCCCCUUCGUGCCGCGCGCCGCGAGCGUCACGCUGACGGGCCACCACGCGGCCGUCACGGCGCUCGUGCUGCAGGUGUCCGCCACCACCAUGCUGUACUCGCUGUCCAGAGACCGCGUCAUCAAGGUCUGGGACGUGCAGGGACAGGUGUGCCUUCAGACAUACAUAGACAUCCCUCCGCAAGUGGGCGAGCGCACGCCCAUCUCCGCCCUAUACAACCCGGUGACUCGCGAGUUCAUAGUGGGAGCCAUAAAGAUCGCCGUGGUGGUGCUGGACGAGCAGCUGAACCCUCUGCACACGGACGGCUUCACUCACUCGCGCGCCGUGUCCAAGAUCCUGUACAACCCGCUGUUCAAGGUGGUCAUCACGUGCGGCCUGGACAGCAUCAUCAUCAACUGGGAUCCGGUCACCGGUAAGAGGAACGCCAUGGUCCGCGAUGCCCACACCCGCCUGCUGCACGGUGAGUCCAUCCCGGUGGAGAUCACGGCCGCCUGCUUCGACCCCGGACACCAGCUGCUGCUCACCGGCGCCAGGAACGGAACACUCAAGGUGUGGAACUUCAACACGGGAGUAUGUUUGAGAAGUAUGGCCAUAGAACACAUGUGCGAGGUCACGAGCUGCUUCUGGGUCGAGGGGAGGAUCCUAGCGGUGGGCUGGAACCGACACGUGAUAGAGUUCGAGGACGCGGGGGGGUCGGGAGGUUCCGGGGGGUCGGGGGCGGUGGAGGGGGGCGGCAAGGCCUGGGAGACCCGGCACAGCGACGACGUGCUGACGGCCGCCGCCCGGCCCCCGCUCACUCUCGCCACCGCCUCCUACAACUCAGAACUCAUUCUGUGGAAACUAGAGACGGGACAGCCUUACAGGCGAUUUUCUUGCACGGAACCGAUGUUGCGCAUCAAAAUGCAAUACAGCAAGCGAGCAGCCUCGCCGCAGACGGCCUCCACGACCUCCACCAGACGGAGCACGUCCACCGUGAGGCGGCCGAGCGUGGGCGGUCAGCGGGAGUCACUCAUCGACUCGUCCGCCGCCAUGCAGAAGGCUCGCGCUCGGCGUGUGUCGACGGUGUCUCUGCCGGCGCGCGCUCAGAAGAUGCGUCAGCUGGCCGUUCACGCCACCAUAUUCCUCAACACGCGACCCUGCCAUAUGCGCGUCGCGUCGCUGAUGGUGGCGCUGGAGAACGGCCAGGUGCAGUGUUGGUCGGACCACCCGGCCGGCGGGCUGCAGGGCUCCUUCCAGGGCAUCCACACGGCGGGCGAUUACGUGUCCGCCUUCGCCACGGACAUCAACAACGACUACCUGUUCACUGGCACCACGGUCGGAUACAUCAAGAUCUGGCUCAUGACCAACUACCUCACCAACGAAGAGGUUCACGUGAACAUGCCGAAGCUGCGGCUGACCUUCCCGUUCCUGUGGCGGGACCGUAUCGAGGGUCGUGCCAAGCGCUGUGUGCGCGACCAGCCGCUGCCCCUGCUGCUGAGCAGCGUGCGCGCCCACCUGCGCUGCAUCACCGCCCUCGCCUACAUCGACGACCUCCGCCUCGUCCUCAGCGGUUCUUCGGAUUACAGCGUGAGAGUGUGGAAGCUGUCCGGGGAGUACCUGCAGACGUUGGGUAGCUUCUUACCGUGGACGUUGGAGGUCACUCGCUUCCCUCCCGAUGUCAAGAAAGUCGCCAGCUUUACAACGUUCAAGGUGUGGCGCAGCGGAUGGGUGUCCCGCUACACGCCGGGCCAGGUGGAGGUGGACGCUCUCCGCGACAUCACCUCGCACGAGCUCGCCACCCGCACGUUCGGCGCGCCGGCCCCCGCGCCCCUGCUGGGUCACCACCUCACCCUCCCCCGCAAACCCGACCCUCAGCCGCCGCCGGUGCUCGACGACUCGCUGCCCACAAUCCCUCUGUACACUCACCUCCGCAUGUCAUCGACGCAGCCCGUCCGCCGCAUGCCGACCCCGCCCCUGGCGCGCGCCACCCGCCUGCGCCGCGCCGCCGCCGCACGUGCUCCAAAGACUCACUUCCAGCAUGGCGACAAACGAUGA